UCCUUGAUUGGUUUGAUAGGAUAUUGAUUAUUGAAAAUUUCUAUUCUGAUUUCUGACUGUUUAGACAAAGUGGUUUAUUUCAAUUUUUUUGGAGUUGCACGUAAUACACCCACACACACAGACACUCUUUCUCAUAAAUAGGACUCGUAACAUAGGUUCCAACAACAUCUCUCUCAGCACUAGACCCAAAAACAACCACUCUAUAAAACUCUCUUUCUAAAGAAGAUCAUCUUCAGCUCAGGAAAGUAUGUUGAGGAUUGAAUUAGUAAGAAGAAGCAUCUCCAUUUCAAGAGCUCUGUUUGCGGAAAGCAGCUUCGGCAGACAAUUCUCUACCCACAAUAACAGCAAGCUAGAAGGUAAGGUAGCAUUGAUCACUGGAGGAGCAAGCGGCAUUGGAAAAGAAACUGCAAUCAGAUUCAUCAACAAUGGCGCUAAAGUCGUGAUCACUGACGUCCAACAACAACUCGGCCAAGACACGGCCAAGCAGCUCGGAUCGAAUGCGAGUUUCAUCACCUGCAAUGUCAGCAAGGAAACUGAGGUUUCUGAUGCGGUUGAUUACGCGGUUUCUAAAUAUGGACAACUUGACAUCAUGUUCAACAAUGCUGGGGUUACAUACAACGCUCCUACCAGUAUAGUCGACCUCGACUUUGCGGAGUAUGACCGGGUCAUGGCAAUCAACCUCCGAGGUGUCAUGGCAGGGGUCAAGCACGCAUCACGCGUGAUGAUCCCGCGUCGAACUGGCUCCAUUCUCUGCACUGCAAGUGUGACAGGAAUGCUGGGUGGACUUUCACCACACACAUAUUCAACCUCCAAGUCGGGUGUGAUCGGAAUGGUUAGAAGUGUCGCGUCAGAGCUGUGCAAGCAUGGAAUUCGGAUCAACUGUAUAUCGCCUUGGGCCAUUCCAACUCCGGCAGCACUUGAAUCUUUUACAAAAUCCUAUCCCGGAGUUGAUGCUCAGCGGCUCCCCAAUAUCAUAGAAAGUACAGGAGUUUUAGAGGGAGCAUUUUGUGAGAGUAGUGAUAUAGCAAAUGCUGCGGUUUUUCUAGCCUCUGAUGAUGCCAAGUACAUUAGUGGGCAUAAUUUGGUGGUGGAUGGUGGUUUUACAGCAAUCAAGACUUUGGAGAUUCCCGCACCAGAACAGGUGAAGACAUGAAGACCAUCAAAGACGAGAAUUGGGACUUUUAGGAGCUGAUACUUAUUUUCAACUCCAAUUAAUAUGAAGCUUAAAACAUUAUGUUCUGCUUAUUAGCUGUUUCUAUUUUUCAGAGGUUGAAAGUGAAAUUUUCAAUUUGUAUAACAUGUAACCAUUAUGUGGUGGUCAUGGUUAUCGCUUCUCUUUUCAUUUUACUACCUCAACUAAUAAAUAAAGCAGACAUUAUGAUCUUCCCA